UUGCCUACUUGACUCAUUAUUCUUGUUGAAAUAUACCCUUGCUGUCAUUUUUAAUUAUUACUCCCCUCCCUUCUCUUAUGUGAACCUCGUCCAAUUUAUCCAUCUGGAAUUGGAAUUUCGCUGCAUAUUUUUCACUAUUUUUUUUAACCCCCCACUAAGACAUUCCCUGCAUUUUGGACUUUGUGAGAGCAGCUUCGAUUCCUUCAUCUUGUUUUGUUUUCUGUGGUGGUGGCGGUGCUGACCCAGUAGCUGCAGGAUGGCUACUUUACCCGGAACAGUGCCUCGGAUGGUGCGCCCCACGCACGGACAGAACUACCCACGAACCGGCUUUCCCCUGGAAGUGUCCACCCCGCUGGGCCAGGGCCGGGUCAACCAGCUGGGCGGCGUGUUCAUCAACGGGAGGCCCCUGCCCAACCACAUCCGCCACAAGAUCGUGGAGAUGGCCCACCACGGCAUCCGGCCGUGCGUCAUCUCGCGACAACUGCGCGUCUCGCACGGCUGCGUGUCCAAGAUCCUCUGCCGCUACCAGGAGACCGGCUCCAUUCGCCCGGGGGCCAUCGGGGGCAGCAAGCCCAGGCAGGUGGCCACUCCCGACGUGGAGAAGAGGAUCGAGGAGUACAAGCGAGAGAACCCGGGCAUGUUCAGCUGGGAGAUCCGGGAUAAGCUGCUGAAGGACGGGGUGUGCGACAGAAGCACAGUUCCUUCAGGUGAGGCUUCAUCUGUGAGCUCCAUCAGCCGCGUUUUGAGGGCCCGAUUUGGCAAAAAAGAUGACGAGGAUGACUGUGAUAAGAAGGAUGAAGACGGAGAAAAGAAAACAAAGCAUAGCAUCGAUGGCAUCCUCGGUGAUAAAUGUAGCCGCACAGACGACGGCUCCGACGUGGAUUCCGAGCCCGACUUGCCGCUGAAGCGCAAGCAGAGGCGCAGUCGCACCACUUUUACCGCCGAGCAGCUGGAGGAGCUGGAGAAAGCCUUCGAGAGGACGCAUUACCCGGACAUCUACACCCGGGAGGAGCUGGCCCAGAGGACCAAACUGACAGAGGCCAGGGUGCAGGUGUGGUUCAGCAACAGACGGGCCAGAUGGCGUAAACAGGCUGGGGCCAAUCAGCUCGCUGCCUUCAACCACCUGCUUCCCGGCGGAUUCCCACCCACUGGCAUGCCCACUUUACCCACGUACCAACUCCCGGAGUCAAGCUACCCUGGCACCACACUAUCGCAGGAGGGCAGUACCUUGCACAGACCUCAACCCCUGCCCCCGUCCUCCAUGCACCAGGGCGGCCUGAGUGACAGCAGCUCUGCGUACGGCCUGUCGUCCAACCGCCACAGCUUCUCCAGCUACUCCGACUCCUUCAUGAGCCCCUCGGCUUCCGGCAACCAUAUGAACGCAGUCGGCAACGGGCUCUCCCCGCAGGUGAUGAGCAUCCUGAGCAAUGGCAGCGCGGUGGCCUCGCAGCCGCAGCACGACUUCUCCAUCUCGCCGCUGCACGGCGGCCUGGACGCCUCCAACCCCAUCUCGGCCAGCUGCAGCCUGCGCUCGGACCCCAUCAAGGGCGUGGACAGCCUGGCGUCCUCGCAGUCCUACUGCCCACCCACCUACAGCGCCACAAGCUACAGCGUGGACCCCGUCGCCGCCGGCUACCAGUACAGCCAGUACGGCCAGACUGCCGUGGACUACCUCGCUAAGAACGUGAGUUUGUCCACCCAGAGGAGGAUGAAGUUGGGCGACCACUCGGCCGUGCUGGGACUGCUGCAGGUAGAGACGGGUCAGGCCUACUGAAGCUGCACGCGGGCGGCCAACACCUCCAUGUUCCGUCUGCUGCGGACCCCCGAGCACCACGCGCUGGUGGACCAAACACUUUGGAGCCACUUUGACUUUGAUGUUGAUAGUAGUUAACAAUAUCAUUUCAACUACUUUCUCUCUUUUUUUCAUAUUGUUAAU